AAUGCAUGAGGGUUGCUGCAUCCAUCGAUGCGAAUAAGCAGAACGGCAGAAGGGCACUGCGGUGCUUGAAAAUAUAACAUGUAACCCACAACCUACAGCAAAGAGACUUGAGGAGUGCCACGAUGAUGGAGCUAGACCUUGACAACCUUCCCUUUUGCGGUCGCCAGAAAGAGCUCAAGAUCUUGCAAGAUGCCCUGCAAGUUGCCAGCGAACAAGGCAAGCUCUGCCUUGUGGCGGUCAGUGGCCCGAGUGGAACGGGAAAGAGCCAACUGGUGUCUCAUUUCAUCCAAGAGCAUGUUGUGAAAUCACCAAGCAACAAAAUGUGGGCGUGCUCUGGGAAAUACGACGCCAACUCUUUGAUGCGUCCCUAUUCGGCAAUUGGAGACUGCUAUUCCCAGCUUGUGGAGCAUAUGCUACAGGAUGAUGCCAAGAAAUGGUCGGCCAAGUUGGCAGAAAAUGCCCAAAUGGACUUUUCCGUCUUGGCUCCUCUCAUCCCCAACAUUUCCAAGUUACUACUUCCCGUACAUCCUGUAGCAAAGGACACGAGAAGUAGAGGAGACGCACUGAGGCGACUCUCUCGUGUCAGCUCGGAUUCGAUUUCGUUUGCUUCGGAAAACAACCGAUCCGCUUCGGAAGCCAUUCAAGACUUGAAAGAAGCAUCGUCUCUCCACAACGUCGACCGCUAUGUCAUUACUCUACGAGCACUCGCCAGGCUUGCUUGUGCCGAACGAACCUUGGUAUUUGUCUAUGACGAUAUUCAAUUUGCAGAUCCACAAUCUAUACGUCUCAAACAACGUCUCGCCUCCACGGCCGAAGACUUACGGUUGCUCAUGAUUGCCACGCAUCGCCCCUUGUCAAAGGAUCAUCCGGCGGCUCCAUUGAUUCAGCGUCCCAACAGCAACCAAUCCACUUUUAUAGAAUUGAAAGAGUUUCAACACGACAAUAUUCGUGACAUGCUCCAAGCUGUUCUCAAACGAGAACCAGAGGAUUUGCAAGAUUUGACAUUCUUGGUACAACGAAAAACAGGUUCCAAUCCAUGUGCCGUUCAGGAAUAUCUACGAUUGCUGGCACAUCAACGGCUGCUCCAGUUUUGUACCACGAAUUACCGAUGGACCUGGGAUUUGGCCAAGAUGGAAAUGGAAACGGACGUGUCGGAUGACAUUGUCCAAAUGGUGGUCCACCGCGUAGACGCCAUUUGUGAUAGUGACGACCUCCGCAAAUUACUCUUGCAUGCGGCGGCGUUGGGAGACUCGCGGUUUGAAUCCACACUGCUCUUUCACGCCAUGAAUUAUGGCGCCAACCGCAAGGUGACCACAUUAGACAGCAUGCAUCAAGUGUUGGCGCAAGGCUGUGCCGAAGGACUCCUAGAGCAUCAGACCCAUAGCACGUGGUACAAAUUCUCGCACGAUCGAGUAUUGGAGGCGGCGCAGACAUUUCUGCCCGAAACGGGAUCCUACCAGAGAGAAGAAUUGCACUUUGGCAUUGGGCGACAGCUGCUUAAAAUGGCCAUGGGAGAAAUCAGUUGUGGUGGUGGUGACGAUAACAUGCAGCAUUCCAAAUCCAAAUUGUUCAUCAUGGCCAUGACACACUGCAACCAAGCUCCGGGGAAGGUUGCCACCUUGCCUGAAAACAGAUGUCUCGAGUUUGUCAAAGCCAACCACAUGGCGGCAGAUGCGGCAUUGGAAACCACAUCCUUUGCUCUCGCAGUGGGGUUUCUCGAGCGCGGGCUGCGGCUCUUGGGAUCGAUUUCUGUGAUCAAAUGGAACGAACAUUACGAUACCAUGUUGGCGCUCUCGGAUUCGUUGGCAUAUGCCUACUUUUGCACCGACAAUGUGGCAGCAGCCUCGGCACUCAUUGAGGAUAUUAUGACUCACGCCAAAUCUCUAGAUCACAAGCUGGGAGCGUACCAGAGCAGUAUUCUAUGCCGAUGGCAGCAUGGAGAUUUGGACGGCGCUCUGAAACAGGCCAUGGCGGUUGUCAAGGAGGUGGCCAAUAUCCGAUUCCCAAAACGAUUCCUUCAGGUUCAUAUGAUCAAACGAAUCUUGGGGAUCCGGGGAGUGCUCGCCAAAACAACCGACCAGCAACUGUUGAACUUGCCAGACAUUUCGGAGAAGCAGAUCCACACAACACUCUACUUUCUGAAUCUGCUGGCAGCGGUUGCUUCGUUUGCCAACGCGGAACAGAUCUGCGUCAUGACCAUGAUCGCAUCCACCAAAAUCACGCUCAAACAUGGCUAUGGACCGGAAACGGUCUAUUCGGUAGCCUCAGCAUCGUUUAUCAUGAUUCUUCUGGAAGAUUAUGACAACGGAAAUCGCCUCGCCAAGGUCGGAAUGGAGCUGGCAUCCAGGAAUGACUAUCCAGUUACCGAUGCUCGGGCCAAAGUCCUUCUGAAUUGCUACUGCAUCCAUUGGAAGCAUCCUAUGCACGAGUGCCUCGAGUCGUUGCUGGAUUCUGCCAAUACCUGUAUGAAGAACGCAGACGUCAGCUAUAUGUUCUUCAAUUGCUUCAUUUACUGCCUGAUGUACUACUAUUGCGGUCUUUCUCUAGAACCAAUUGAGACAGACUACAAACGCUUCGAGGAGACACUUUCUGAUUACGGACAAGAAAUGUUCUUGGCAAUCAUGCGUUGUCGAAUGCAACAAAUUCAGAACUUGAGAGGGAAGGGAUCUCGAAAGCCAACGGAUCUGACGGGCGAUGUCAUGGAUCAAGACAAAUGCAUUGCCGAAUGGAAGAAGAUUGGCCAUGGUCGAGCUUUGUUCACGGCAUAUCUAUGUCGUCUGGAGCUCGCUUGCUAUUUCGACGACACGCACAUUGCCGAAGAAAUGUCAAAGUUGUUGCCCGCCAUCGUAAAAGAAGGCCCGGGUGUUUGGUUGUUGUCCCGAGUCUUCUUCCAAGGCCUGCUCUGCUUCCGAUUGGCGCAGAAGACUCGACGGCGGAGACGAACCAACAUUGCAAAAGGGAAACGGCACCUUGGUUGGUUUUCGACGCGGGUGGCCAAAGGUUGCCCGAACUGCUUCCAUUACAUGAAACUGUUGACAGCCGAGUGCACCCGAGUGACGGUCGGCAUCAAGGACAUUGACAAGGUUCAGCAGAGCUACGAUGCCGGAAUUGCUGCUGCGGGCAAGCUUGGAUUUAUGCAAGAUCAUGCCUUGGGCAACGAGUUGGCGGGACGAUUCUUCUUGGAGGAAGUCGUCCAGAAGAAUUCGGACGAAUGUGGUUCCGGCAAGGAGUGGGCAGAGACGUACUUGACAAGAGCUCUCGAACUGUACGGGUCAUGGGGCGCCGAAGCCAAGGUGAAGGACAUGCGCAGGAAAUACAAAGACAUGUUACCGGGGCUUGAUACUAGUGAGAUCCAGAUGAAUGGUUCGUCCAAUCGAGGGUCUUCUCGACUCUCGACAACGAGACUGAGUUUUGUGUCGUCGGGAUCGAAAGUCAGCCGAACCAGUUACGCCAGCAGCCGGAAUUCACAUUCACAGUUGACCGACGAAACCACGACAAUAGCCAGUGUAUAGUUAGCUAACUUGCUUAAUCGGCAGAAUCGUCUACAGCUUGUUGUUUUAUCAAUCAUUCUUCUGUCUAGCUAACUAGGAGAUAAUAAUUUGUAGCCACAGAUUGACGACAGCAAUUGUUGGUUUCCUUUGGCUUCCACAAAUUGACCCGGGAGGGGCGGCAUGAGCCAUAAAAGAUGAAACUCGAGCACGCACCGCUUUCUAUCGAGGUCAAGAUGGCAGCCCACAUUCAAAGCAAAGAACACAAGAAACUAGAGCCAGGAAAAACGAAACUCGAGCGCAGCUAUGUAUCGAUGUGUCGAGAUAGCAGCAAAAAUUAAUUCGAAGCUACAGUGCAGUACCUGGCCGGACUAAAAGCUUUUCUCUUUGCCGAGGCCUUAUCUAUCACGUUUCAACU